AAGUGACUAGAACUUCCAAUUAGGAAACAACACUCUAGCUCUGCACCUUAGUAAUGAGAUAGAGAUUACGUUCGUGAUUCUGUGUUCUCUUCAACGUGAGCUAACCUUGUUCCACUGGCAGCGAAAUGUCGAACACAAACGAAUCGAUACCGUUUCUUCGUGGCGGAGGAAAUUGUCACAGCUGUAGCGAGGGUAACGCGGCUCCUCCUCCGCCUGCUCCCCGUCGUGUAGCCGCUGUGGAAGUUAUUGAGAAAUCGCCAAUGUCUGAAGAGGAAAUGCAACGCGGCCUAGACACCAUCGGUUUUGCCUUGUCUCCAGAAAAUGAGCCUCCGAUUUAUCGCAUCAUUGGUGCCGGCGCACUUUGGGCAAUGGGCAUGAAGUUUCGAGAGACAUCGGAUUUCGAUAUACUUGUGCCAGGAGGAGCCGUUCAGUCAACGAAGAAGAAGUUGCUGGAGAAUGAGAAAUUCGGAAAAUCAGCUUUGAAAUCGACAUAUGUCAAGAUCGGAAGCAAAAAUUUCAACGUCGACGUUAUUCCGCAUCCUCGAGCUCACCUGGAUGAAUUCCCAGGCGAAGAGUACCCACAGUAUUUGACAUCCGCUUCAGUCGCACCACUUGAGUGUAUGAUCCAAACAAAAAUUGGCGCCUAUAGGGAUUCCGCUCGUGUAUCCAAGCAAGCCAAGCACAUUAAAGAUAGUGCAGACCAGGAGUUUUUGUUUAGCAAGGCAGUGGAGAAAGGCCUAUAUUUUGGCUUCGAUGGAAUGUCUGGCCUUGACCGCGAUUUUGCGGAUGAUUUUCGAAAUUUUCGGCGUGAAGCGGCACAGUCAUUGGAUUUUCUGACUAUCCCAAUUGACAAAGAUGGCGAUGUUGAGAUGGCUGAUGCGUAG